AUGGCAAGCACGCUCAAGCUCUUCAAAGCCCUCGUGGGCAUCGCUCUCAAAACCACAUUCUUUCUGCGGUGGCUCUUUCUCCUUCCAUUCGAGCUCUUUCUGCAAAUGGUCAAGCGCAUCUCUACCAUUGGCCAACCUAGCACAAGCUCUCCAAUCCUCCCAUGCCAUUCAACUUCUGACUUCGACUCGAUCUCCUCUCCGAAGGAGAUCCACCACCCCAAGGAGAGCCCGCAUUCAAGCGAUUCCAACAGCAACAUCAACAUCACUAUGGCAAACUCACCAUCGCUUCCGUCUGCUAUUGAGCCCCCAGGUGGGCAGCCGCUCUCAUCAACAGCUGUCUCAGACCCCUCGCAGACCCCUCGGAUCCAGGAUGAGAAUUGUCCCCUUUUUGAUCCUUCAUCCAGCCUCACUCAGGCCCAUGCUCAAGCCGCCAAUUCUCAGCUCACCGAUGACUUUUCACGUCUUAACCUCAAUGCAGCCAGCAAGUCAGCGGUUCAGGCCGCAGCGAUGAAAACGACCGAAAGGGGAGAUGUCGUCAGCAAGGACGAAGCCGCUAGGGCCAUUCCCGAACAGCCUAGUGAUUCGAAGGCCUCUCUAUGCACUUCUGCAAGUACUACAUUUAUCACCACUACCGCAGCCGUCGCCACAGUUCCAGGGGAAGUGGUUCAGGCACCUGCUGUCCCGUUGUGGCAUCCGGUCUCUCAGACUAGUAAGCUGAAGGACCCUCCUCCAGUUCAGCAGGACGGGGUUGUUGUCAAGAUUGAAACUCCCGAGCAAGCGGCGGAGCGGGCCAUGCAUAGUCGGUUUAUGAGGGAGGCUCUGGAUAUGGCUAGACUUGCCCUCAGAACCAACGAAACGCCCGUUGGCUGUGUGCUCGUCUACAAGAAUCGAGUGAUUGCGCGAGGGAUGAAUGCAACCAAUAUCACUCGGAACGGAACGCGGCACGCUGAACUCAUGGCAAUCUGCGCCUUGUUAUCCUAUCAAGCUGAUUGGGGCACCCGCAGCGGUCCCGGGGAAACCAACAACAAUAUCUCAGCUACGAAACAGCCCCUGGCCGAUAAAACUAACCAAGAACGACUGGAUGACGAUGACAAUGAAACUAGCUCCUGGGGAGAUGUUGAUCCUACCAAAGGCCAUCUUUAUCCGUACGGUCAGAAGCUUCAUCCAGCUCCCCGCGUCAGCCCUGAUAUCAUCAAAGAGUGCACCUUGUAUGUCACUGUCGAGCCCUGCGUCAUGUGCGCUUCUCUCCUGCGCCAGCUUGGAAUCAAAAGAGUAUACUUUGGUGCCGUCAACGAUAAGUUUGGAGGUACUGGCGGAGUGUUCCGAAUUCACAAGAAUUCGCCUCGUGUUCCAGCCUCAGCUCCUAUCACUCCUGCUCCUCAUCACCCUAUUUCUAGGCCUGUUCCAGAACCACGUUCCGUUUCUACAGCUGAGCUGUCAGAGAAAGAUGGCGGGUCAGAGAACGGAAAUGCUCUGGAAAGCAAUUCUGGAGAUAGUGUUUCUGGAGAUAGCACUUCUGGGGACAACAAAUCCAGGGAAGUUAAGACUUAUGAGAUCAGAAACAUUCCUUUCGUACCAACAACCUUACCAGGUGAUGGUGGCAAUAUUGAACCCGGGUAUGAGGUUGAGGGAGGAUGGGGCCGCGAUGAAGCUAUUACCUUGUUGCGGCAGUUCUACGUUCAGGAGAAUAACCGAGCACCCGUACCGCGUAAAAAGGAAGGAAGAGCUGCUCGUUUGGCUGCGAUGAUGGAGCGCGACGGCCAUGCCGGUGGGUCGAUGCUUGACCCCAGUCUCCUUGCGCUCAUCAACAAAGAUGGCAACAAAGAGAGCAGCGACAGCAAUAAGGAGAAUGAUAAUAACCAAGAGAGCACAGAUCGCAAAGAAAAUGACCCUCCUAUUGAGAACAGCCAAGAAGCCGUUGCGAAUACGACAGACAAGGCUCAGCUUAUUGAGGAGACCUCGCUGCCCUCUACAGCGGCAGCUUGA